GGAAGUGACCAGCGAGCGGUCCAUCCGGCUGAAGAUCAAGACCGACGCUUGCGCCGGCACCGAGUACGCAGUGAACUACUUGGAACAUGUUCAAGCUGUCAUCUCCGUGAACGCUACGCGACGCGGCGACCUGGAACUAUUUCUGACGUCUCCGAUGGGGACGAGAUCGAUGAUUCUGAGCAGAAGAAUUAACGACGACGACCACAGAGAUGGAUUCUCGAAAUGGCCGUUCAUGACCACCCAUACUUGGGGAGAGUAUCCUCAAGGUACUUGGCUUCUAGAGGUGAGUUUCAACUCGCAGAAACCCCAGCACGGUUGGAUCCGCGAGUGGACUCUGAUGCUGCACGGCACCAGAGAGCCACCUUACACGGGACUUCCGGCAGCGGAUCCGCACUCGAAGCUCGCGAUCGUGAAGAAGGCCCACGAAGAACGUUCCACCGCGAUGUAAACUGUGCCGAACGAUCCGCAGCCUGGUCACAAGCUCGGAUCGAAAUUUCUCAGUCGAUCGGACAGUCUUCGGGAGACCCCGAAGAACCCUUUCUCGUCUUCGUGGUCGUUCUCGGUGGCGUCUCGGAAGCACGAUCUCGAUGGGAUUCUCGAGGGUCAGGAACCUCGUCGAGAGCUCCACGGUUAAGGUGAUAUGAAAUUGUCAUUCUAUAUACUAAAACGUCGAAGUAUCUAUAAAACUUUUCGCCUAAACUGGGCACAUUGAGUCAUUUGGAACGUUAACACCUGAUUAUGGCCCUAAGGAAGGAGCGCGAUGCUCGUGAAAUUUCAUUUUUCAAACGAUAACUUUCUCAUCCAGAACCAAAAGUCACACUUUCUCGUGAUAAUUGAAAUUUCACGAGCAUAGCGUUCUUCUUUAGGGUCUCCGUAAUCAGGUGUAAAGUUUCGAAUUAUUCGG